AUGCGGAUCGAGGAGCUGAUUCUCGAUGGCUUCAAGAGCUACCCCGUCCGGACGCAUGUCCGUGGCUUUGACCCGAGUUUCAACGCGAUCACAGGCCUAAAUGGCAGUGGCAAGAGCAAUAUUCUCGAUGCAAUCUGCUUCGUGCUUGGCCUGACGAACCUGAGCUCGGUGCGCGCGUCGAAUAUCCAGGACCUGAUCUACAAGCGCGGCCAGGCGGGCGUGACCAAGGCCUCGGUCACGAUCGUCUUUGACAAUACCGACCGCGAGCGCUCGCCAGUGUCGUUUGAGAACUACACGACAAUCACCGUCACGCGCCAGAUCGCGAUGGGCGGCGUGUCCAAGUACCUGAUCAAUGGACACAAGGCGACGCAGCAGGCCGUCCAAAACAUGUUCCAGAGCGUGCAGCUGAACAUUAACAAUCCCAACUUUUUGAUCAUGCAGGGCAAGAUUACCAAGGUACUCAACAUGAAGCCCGCCGAGAUCCUCUCGAUGAUCGAGGAGGCGGCGGGCACGCGCAUGUUUGAGGAGCGCAAAGAACGCGCGUUCCGUACCAUGGCCAAAAAGGACCAAAAGGUGCGCGAAAUCACCGCGCUUCUCCAGGAGGAAAUCACACCGAAACUCGACCGACUCCGUGAAGAAAAGCGCGCGUUCCUCGAAUACCAGAAAGCCUCGACGGAGCUCGAGCGGCUCACCCGCCUCGACAAGGCACACGAGUGGCAUACGCUCCGCGGAAAACUCGCGCAGCGCACCAACGACGGCGCGGGCUCCGCCAAGGCCAAGCUUGCGGAGCACGUCGCGAACAUCGCCGCAUUCACGCGCCAGCUCGCUGCGAUCGACGAGGAGCUCGCUGCGCUCCGCUCAAAGCGGGACGCAGAGCUCGAGGCAAGCGGGCAGCAGGACUCGCUGCUCGAAAAGGCCAAGAACCUCGCGCACGAGCUCGUCGAGGCCACGACUCAGGCCGAGUUCCGCCGCGCGGCACACGCCGAAGAGGCCGCGCGCGUCGAGACGGAGCGUGCGGCCCAGACUGCCGCCCAGGAGGCGCUGACGAACGAGCAGGCGUCGUUCGACACGCUGCGCGCCUCGUUCGACGAAAACAAGUCGGCGCACGACGCCGCGGCCAAGCGCGCGGCCGAGACGGAUGCGCUGCUCCAGUCGCUGCUCACGGGUAUCGCCUCGGACACGGACGGAGCGCACGGCGGUUUCCAGGGCCAGCUCGCCCGCUCGCGCUCGCGCGAGGCCGACGCGCGCUCCGAAAUCCAGCAGGCCAAGGUCCGCAUGGACCAUCUCCAGCGUGAGCUGCGCAAAAAAGAGCCGCUUGCGCAGCAAGAGACCGGAGAGAGUGCCGGCCUCGUCGCCGGGCUCGAGUCGGCGCAGCGCGAAGCUCGCAAAGCGCACGACGGCGUCGAGCGCCUCGGUUGGGACCAGCACAAGUACGACGGCCUCGCUGCCGAGCGUACCGAGCUGGAAGGACGCGUGGCGCACCUACGCGCCGAGCGCGACUCGCUCCAGGGCCGCCUCCCGUCGGCGCUGCAGUUUACGUACGUGGACCCCAGCGCCAACUUUGACCGGUCCAAGGUCCGUGGCCUGGUCGCGAGCCUCGUCACGCUCGACAAGGCGCACCGCGCGUAUGCGCCUGCGCUCGAGGCGGCCGCCGGCUCGCGGCUGUACAAUGUCGUGGUCGACGACGACAAGACCGGCUCGCAGCUCCUGACGCAUGGCCAGCUCAAGAAGCGCGUCACGCUCAUUCCCCUGCGCCAGAUCCAGCCGAGCAUCGCCGACGGGCGGCGCGUCGACGCGGCGAAGCGCCUUGCGCCGAACAAGGUCGAGCUGGCGCUGGAGCUCGUCGGAUGCGACAGCGAGGUGCGUGCCGCGCUCGAGUACGUCUUUGGCCAGACGCUCGUGUGCAAAGAUGCCGAGACGGCGCGCCGUGUGACGUUUGACGCGGCUGUGCAGAUGAAGAGCGUCACGGUCGACGGCGACACGUACGAUCCCGCCGGCCGCCUCGCAGGCGGCAGCCGCACCGGCGGCGGCCAGAGCGUGCUGCUGCGCAUGCAGGAGCUCGCCCACUGCGAGCGUGCGCUGCGCGAGGCGCAGGACGCGCUGCGUGCGAACGACCGCGAGUGGAGCGCGCUGCAAGAAGCGCGGCGCGCCUAUAGCCAGGCCUCGGAAAAGGCCGAGCUUGCGCAGCACCGCGCGCGCCUCCUCCAGACGCAGGUCGACCAGAGCCGUGCGACGGUGCUGCAGGAAGAGGUGCAGGCGUGCCGUGCGGCGCUGGCCGAGCUUGAGGCCAGCAUGGAUGCGGCGCGCGCGCGCCAAGACGAGGCUGCGUCGGAUGCGAAGCGUCUCGAGCGCGAAAUUCAAGAGCUGCAUGCCGACAAAGGCGGCAAGGUCGAGCGUGUGCGUGCGGAAGCCAAGGAGCUCAAGGCCGAGCUCGCCAAGCACGCCGCGGCGCUCAAGCCGCAGCAAAGCAAGCUGCGUGCCGCCGAGCUCGCCCUUGGGCAGCACGAGAUGGACCGUGACGCGGCCGCCGAGCGCCUCGCCGCUGCGCAAGAGGCUGCUGCACAGGCCGCGGCGGAUCUCGAGGCGGGCGAGGCGCAUGUCGCCUCGCUCCAGGCGGCGGUCGACCAGAGCGAGGCGGAGCUCGCCGAGUCGCGUGCGGCCCUCCGCGCCUUCCAAGACGAGCUCACGGAGCUCGAGAAUGCGUCGGCGACCAAGCGUCAGGCGGUUUCCGAUGCCGAGAUCGCGCAGCAGCAGCUGGCGCACGAAGUCGAGCGCGUGGAGCAAGAGUGCCGUGCGCUGGAGCGUUCGGUCGCCGCGCUGGAAGAGGAGCACCCGUGGAUUGCGUCCGAGCACACGCUCUUUGGCCAGGCCGGCAGCGCGUACGAGUUUGAGAAGCACGACAUGGGCUCUGUGCGCCGUCUCUGUGCGCAGCUCGCCGAGCAGCAGUCUGGCCUGCGGCGGCGCGUCAACCCCCGCGUGAUGAACAUGAUCGACAAUGUCGAGAAGAAGGAAGGGAGUCUGCAGCACAUGCUCACCACCGUCCUGGGCGACAAGAGCAAGAUUGAGCAGACGAUCCACGAGCUGGACCGCUACAAGAAGGAUGCGCUGCAGUCGACCUUUACGCAGGUCAACCGCGACUUUGGCGACAUCUUUGCCGAGCUGCUUCCCGGAAACUAUGCGAAGCUACAGCCCCCCGAGGACGCCGAGAUCACGCAAGGCCUCGAGGUGCGUGUGCGCCUCGGCGCGACCUGGAAGCAGAGUCUCACUGAGCUGAGCGGCGGCCAGCGCUCGCUGAUCGCGCUCAGUCUUAUUAUGUCUUUGCUGCAGUUCAAGCCUGCGCCGAUGUACAUUCUCGACGAGAUCGAUGCUGCGCUCGAUCUGUCGCAUACCCAGCACAUUGGCCAUCUGUUCCGCACGCGUUUCAAGGGCUCGCAGUUUAUUGUGGUCUCGCUCAAAGAAGGUCUAUUCAACAACGCGAAUGUGUUGUUCCGUGCGCGUUUCCGCGACGGUACCUCGCUUGUGGAUCGCAUCACCCAAAAAAGCGCGUCCGAGGCCGACAAGGAGAAUACCGGCCGCCCACGUAUCGUGUCGGGCAAGCGCGCCCCCCGUCCGGCCGCCUGA